GAUGGCGCCACAUGUCAGGAAGUCUGUUUGUAAUGGAGGCUGUAUUGACAGAUUGAGGACGUCGUAUUGACACUGUAGUGGUGUCGUAAACGAUUACGGCAUACCUCAGUGCCAGUUUAAGAUUUCAACUGGGAUACUGCACGUUCCCACGGGUCUACUUGAUUUCUGACGUGCGCAGUUGAAGAAAGAUGGAAGCGAUUGAGACGACAGACCAAGCUACGCUCAAUGAUUUGGCCACUACAAUGUUCGAGAAAACUGCUGAUUAUGUGCAAGCAGAAUUGUCAGCUACAUUGGACGACUACAGGCUGACCGAAGAAAUGAAUAGGGUGACCACAACUAAAUACAGUGAUAUGAAACAGAUUGCUGGCAAUGUGAAUAAAGCACUGAAAGAACUGAACGAAAAGUAUAAAUGUAUGAAGCCUUACCUGGACCAAAUCGAACAGGUUGAAGAUAGCGUUGCAAAACUGGAACAAGCAGCGUACAAGCUUGAUGCCUAUUCAAAGAGGCUAGAAUCAAAGUUCAAGGCACUCGAGAAGAGAUGAUCCAUGACCAUAAUUAUCGAGCAUAGGGUUAUGAACUUAUGAUUAUUUCCGGAAUUGCUGCUACCGUUUCAUAACUCAAAUUGAUAUUGUAUUUGUGUGUAUGGAUACUUCUUCUGCAUGGCUGCAAGUAAGAGGGCAAGCAAGCAAAUUGUGGAAGUGUUUUAAAUAAAGCUGCUUUUUGAAAGAAUGCAGUGCAAAACA